CUUCGUAGCGUGCGGUCGUCUUCGCGUGAAGUGCUUUCCUUCAUUCAUCUUUACAGCGUGAAAACUCACGAAAUUCGAAAGUUUUGUUUCUUUUCUGCUAAGGCACUAGUCGGUGAGCUGAUUUAACGGUGGUGUGCAGUGAAUUUGGUUUAAAUUAGUUGUGAAAACUUACCGACUGAAUCAUGAGUGAAAAGCAGGAUCCACAAAAUGGCGAUCACCAGAACGGCCGCAACGAUGAUGAUGAAAUUCGCGAGCCGGAACAUCUCCGUAAGCUGUUCAUUGGUGGUCUGGACUACCGCACUACGGACGAUACGCUGAAGGCGUAUUUUGAAAAAUGGGGUAAAGUGGUUGAUGUGGUUGUAAUGAAGGACCCGAAAACGAAACGGAGCCGUGGAUUUGGUUUUAUUACCUACUCGAAGUCGUACAUGAUUGACGACGCCCAGGCGAGCCGCCCGCACAAGAUUGAUGGUCGAGUGGUAGAGCCGAAGCGCGCCGUGCCACGACAGGAUAUCAACCGUCCAGAGGCUGGCUCGUCGGUGAAGAAAUUGUUUGUUGGCGGUCUGCGAGAUGACUUCGAUGAGGAACAUCUGCGCGAGUACUUCUCGAAGUAUGGUAACGUCAUUUCGGCCUGCAUUGUGACGGACAAAGACAAUGGCAAGAAGCGAGGCUUUGGAUUUGUCGAGUUCGAUGAUUACGACCCCGUGGAUAAGAUUAUUUUGCAAAAAAGUCACACGAUUCAGAACAAGUUGCUGGAUGUAAAGAAAGCACUGCCUAAGCAGGACAUGGACAGGUACAAGAACGACAUGGGCCGUACCGGUGGUGGCGGUGGCGGCGGUGGUGGUGGCGGCGGUAGUGGAGCCUGGGGCAACCAACGCGGCAGUGGUGGUGGUGGCUGGAACAGCCAGCGCGGUAGUGGAGGUGGCGGCUGGGGAAACCAGCGCGGUGGUGCCACAAAUGAUUGGAACAGCGGUGGGUUUAAUAAUGGUGGUGGUUUCAACAAUGGAGGUUUCAACAACGGUGGAAACAGUUGGAACAACGGCGGAGGCAAUCCAUGGGACAAUGGGUGCGGUUCACAGGGUCAGGGUGGCUGGGGCAACAAUGGUGGAAAUUGGGGUGGCAACAGCGGCGGUGGUGGUGGUGGAUGGGGCGGAAAUGAGUUCGGAAAUAACUACCAACAAGGAUACAAUGCUGGUCCGGUGCGUGCCGGUGGCAAUUUCAAUCAGCGAGCGGCACCCUACGGUACCGACGGUAGCUAUUAUGGCGCGUACUAGUCGAUGGCUAACCGAUUAACUUGCGUUUCCAGGCAACCUAGGAGCUGGUGGCAGCGGAAGAUACGGCACUAGCCGUAGGUAUUGAUCUUGAAGAUUGAAUGUCUUGUAAGAAUAACUAAGUAAGAUUUUCUCUCGCUAUCGUAUCAAAUCCAUCUUUUCGUUUACUUUUCGUUGUGCAUUUCUUGAAUCAACGACCGCUCUUAUCCCAUUUUGUUGCGUUUUGACGAGUGUAUGUUAAUGCAUAAACACGAUACUGAUCGUUUCGAACUCUCCUUAACCCACCACCGUUCACCGUUGUUCACCGUGUCAUGCCUUUAACACCACACAAUUUGAGUGUUGUUGCCCUGCCGUCGACCGCAUGUGUCGCUAACGGAAUGUUCUCGCACAUGGUUUUUGUACGUGCCAUCGUGUCUUUCUUAUCAACAGCACUGACCCACCAUAUGCAGCAUACCUAUUCCAAGGUACAAAGCAAGGUUUUAGAAAGAGCUAGCUAAAACAUUACAUUACAUACCAGUCACAGUGAGGAAAAGCGUACUCAGGCAGGAUCAGUGUGUAAUGGCAGUGACAAAGUACAGUGGCAUUACCGUUAAGGGCUCCGAUGGGAGGCAGUGAAGCAAAACAAGAGGUACAAACGAUAGGCCACCGAGCAGCACAUUAACAACAAGAAGGAGUGCAGGAGCGCACACGCGAGAUCAAGGAGAGUCACGAGAUAUUGAGUUGUGGAGAAGGUAUUGCAUUCAAUUGCCAGGAUCAGCUCCACUUUGCUCUGUAGACUAAUCGCAUAAACCCAGCAACAUCAGGCGCAACCCUUCCCUCGUCAGUUUGAGCGGUUUCUUCAAUUCAACGUACAAGCAUAUGUGUGGUUUGUUAAAUUUAUCAUCACCACAGCAGAAAUCAACAUAGUAUGACAGUGGUAGAAAAGAGAGCAGCAUUUGAAAGGUUACGUUUUGCAAUUUGUGUGUGUUUCCUUUCCUCUAAUUUUCGUGUCACGGGCGGUGGUGGUUUUACGAGUGUGUAUAGAACAAUUACAACCCAAAAAGAUGGCGCAGUUCUAGGAUUUUUUUAUGACACUAAUAGAAAGACGACAUUGUUCAAUGAAAAGUCUCUGCGCGUUUUAGCGUUUGAUCUGAUGUGUAAUGCAACAACUGACUUGACUCAGCAUAAACCACUGGAGAAAAUGAACGUACCGCAAUAAAGAGAAAUCCCGUACAUCCAGCA